AUGGCCGGAAACAAUGAAACACCAAUGACUAGAAAAGUAGUAAAUCAGUCAGUAGAGCAGCCUCAGAUAGAAAUAGUGGAUGAAACUUAUACCUUGGAGGAUAACCAGUUUCAUAUGCCGAUAACCCCCCCUGAAGGUGGAGGGGAGGCAGAGGAUCCUAUGGCAGCAUUCACACCAGAUGAAUUGGAGACAACAGCAAGGGUGAUAAGCGCAAUGAGUAAGAAGAGAAAGGAGGCUGAGACGACACAUGCUGAAAGGGGGGCCGCUCAAGCCGGUAGUGGAACACCGCACCGCAAUCAAGAAGAGCAAUAUAAUCCGUUGAUGAACUCGCCUAGGAGACCCCGACAUGAGUCACCGGUAAGAACGCAUACAAUGUCACGACGGGAUGAGCAAUCCUCAAGUCACACCGUAAGUACAAGAACCCAGCAGCAGAGAAGUUCGCAUGUAGAUUGGCAGGCAGUGCGAACAGUGGUGCAGUUAAGGGCAUCUCCUUUUGCCCAACAUAUCUUGGACCAGCCAAUGGAGAAGGUGAAAAUGCCGACUUGCAGGUAUGAUGGAAGAGGAGACCUAGCGAGGUUUAUAACGUCCUAUGAGGGACAUAUGAUGUUGUAUACUAACUCAGAUGCAGUUUGGUGUAAGGUCUUUCCGACUACUUUGAUUGGGGCUGCAGCCGAUUGGUUUAACAACCUUGAAGUUGGAUCGGUAGAUAGUUUUGAAAGGUUGACCGAAAUGUUUGUAGGUCAAUAUGUCAGUAAUAGUGUGCGGCAGAGAACCUCUGGAGAAUUGAUGGCUGUAGAGCAGAGGUUAGAUGAAUCCCUGAGGGAUUAUAUUAGACGGUUAAACAAUGAGGCGAACACGAUCCCAAAACUGCAACAAGAAAUAGCUGUGAUGGCUUUGAUGAAUGGCUUGGUUGAUUCUGAUUUCAAGCGUUAUCUGACAAGGAAAAAUCUGCCAACAUUAGCAGCAGCAUUUAGCAAAGCCCAUGAUUACAUUAAGAGUGAGGAAUUGAUGAAGACAAGUAGUAGACAUGUCGCUGUUGGAAGAGGGCAAAAUCAGCAUGAAGGGACAUCGUCCGGAAGUAAUAGGCCGAGAGCUCUUGCCCCAGGAAGGGGAGGAGGAAGUCGGCAAGAUCCAAGGGCGUCAAGGCCGCCAAUGAGAUACAACACUUACACUCCCUUGAAUUCACCAAGGGCAGCAAUCUACUCAGUGAAUCAAAAUAGAGAAGAUUGGUCAAGGUCGAUUCCCAUGAAGGCAAGGCCAAGAGAUGUGAAAAAGUAUUGUAUGUUUCAUAGGGAUGUAGGGCAUUACACAGAAGAGUGUACGCAGUUGAAAGAUAACAUUGAGGAGUUGAUCAGAAAAGGUCAUUUGACACAAUACCGGUUGAACACGGGCAGGAAUCAACAACCGGCACAAACAGUUGAGAGGCAACGGAUAGAAGCAAGGCCAGAAAGGGUGCAAGGGGGAGUAGUCCGACAAGGAGAUGUAGGAAUACCGCCGUUAUCAACUGGAAGGGUAGAUGUGAUAACGGGGGGGCCAGUUCACGGAGGAACGAUUAGUGGAGAAAAGAAGCAUUUGGCUGAACAUCGUCAUCUAGUUUGUGCCCUGGAUGUGGACAAUCGUCCUCGACCAGUUGCGAUACCUGAGGUGGUGUUCACAGAAGAAGAUGCAAGGGGUGUAGUGUUCCCGCAUGAUGACCCGUUAGUCUUAAUAACUAAAAUAAACAGGGCUGACAUCAAAAGAGUGUUGGUUGAUAGAGGUAGUUCAGCAAAUGUGUUGUUUGUGCAAGCUUUUAAUGAGAUGAAUAUAGGGAGACAGUACCUGAAGCCGGUAUCGUAUCCUGUAAUUGGGUUCAAUGGGUCAACAGUAAGGCCAGAAGGAAGCAUAGUAUUACCAGUUAAGCUGGGUGAUGGGCCACAUGCAAGAGAUGUGAUGGGAGAGUUUCUGGUAGUGGACGUUAAGUCAGCCUACAAUGCGAUUAUCGGCAGACCGAUAAUACAUGAUAUGCAGGCCAUUGUAUCAACUUAUCAUUUGGCAAUAGCUUAUGUGUCAAAUUCGAGAGUUGUAGAAAAGGUGUAUGGAGGUCAGGUAAUGUCAAAAGCUUGUUAUGUGACUGCUUUAAAGAAUCCAUUUGGCAGUGCUUCGGUACCGUGCAAUCCGAUAAGGGAAGGUGAGCCAACAGUCCAAGACUUAACCAUGAAGAACUUUGACACGAGGCCAGAGGAAGCUCCUAGGUCGUUACCAGGGGGAGAAACUGUUCAGAUCCGAGUAGGACAGUGA